AUGCCAGUAUGCUGGGCCCUUCUACCGCCCUCAUGCCGCCCUUGCCUGAGCUCCAGGAAUGCAGGACUCUGCCCUGGAAAAGUUCUGCGUCCCUCCCUCAGGAAGGGGUUGUGCAGACGAUCUGCGUUCCAUGACGCCUUCAACGAGCAGGGUCCGGAGCUGGACAAGACCGGGAUCAUCCUGCAGCCAGCAUCGACUGAGAGCCUGCGGCUCAACUUCACGACAUACUUCUGUGAUGACGUGGUCGAAGCCAUGGGAAAGGAUGAGCUGCCUGAUGGCUUGCGAUCGAGUAUCAGAGCACUCUGGCCAGAGCAACAAGGCAGCCAUGUUCUCAUUUCGCAUCGUGAGAAUGAGAUUUCGAGCUGCCUAGACAUGUCGUUCGGCCAAACAGAGGUGACGUUGCAUGGUAUCUGGGUGAAAGACCAACUCCAUCAGGGCUCAGGGGACAGAAUGCAAACAAUUCUCAUGAUCAAGUGUUUAGAGUCUCUGUCGUUGGAAAACCGUCGCGAAAGGAUUGUGGUUUGCCCCUCCAGCACAGGUCUUAUGGGCGAGACCUUGAAGGAGAUGGGGUAUGAGAGUGAGGUUGUAGACAAGACCCCGCGCAUGGUGAAAAAGCUGCUGGAUCGCAAGGUCGAGUCGCUACUGGGGCGCGACAACGUCAAAGGGAGUGCAGAACAGCUCGACGUCAUAAGCUUGCAGGGAGCAAGAAUCUUCACCCUGCAAAGGAGGUUCGUCGAGAAGUACAACUUGCUUCAUUCGGCGGUUGGCAUCCUCGUCCAUAACCGACAAGGACAGAUUUAUGUGCACAGACGAUCACCUCGGAAGAGCAUGCAUGCGCUGCACUAUGACAUGUUCGUUGGUGGGCUACUCCUCUCCGGGGAAGCUCCUAUGACAGGGGCAAGAAACGAGGUGCGGGAGGAGCUAGGGAUCGAGAGGGAGGAUCUGGAGGAGGUUGCAGUUGAAGGAGAGCACGAAAUCAAGUUCAAUGACGGGGAAGUGAUCUGGGGCAGAUUUAUGAGUCUCGUGGAGUUGGAGGACAUGAUGAGUAAGGAGGAGUUUGUACCUGGUGGCCUCAAGGCGUGGCAGGAGACUGUUGACCGAGGGUUUCAUACCAAGAAUGAGCUGAAUACAGGAAUUCUUGCGAAGGAAUAG